UCUAAUACUUCUUCCGGAUGAACUCAUGCCCGACUGAUCCCGGUGCCCGCACGUCAUACACGUUGGCUUGAGGAUACUCAAAGAUUCCCACGAGCGAGCUGUCAACGAGAGUUAAAAGAUUCCCACGUAAAUCUCAACUGGCAUUCGUAAAUCUCAACAGCCACUAUAUAUACACGGCCGCGCGGACCACGAGCCCACAGAUCCCGCCCCGCCUCCUCCCCUCGCCUUGGCCGCCACCGCCGGCCGCCGCGCGCUCCGUGCCGGAGAUUGUCUGGUCUGCCCCUCCUCCCUCCGUGCUGCCGUCUUUGAAUAGGCAGGUGAACUCGGUUAUCAUGGGCCUCGAGGUAGCAGGUGGCGGGGAAGCUGCAGUUAAGGGGAAGUUCUGGGGUAUAGUUGUCUGUUUUUUCUUGGGAAAUGGGAGCCUAUUUGCCUGGAACAGUAUGCUCACCAUCGAGGAUUACUAUGUCUCUCUGUUCCCGAAUUACCAUCCGACAAGAGUUCUUACACUAGUAUACCAGCCUUUUGCCUUUGGACUCACCUGCUUCUUUGCAUACUAUGAAGCAACGAUGAACACGAGGAAGAGAAACCUAGCUGGUUUUGCACUUUUCUUCCUUAGCUCUUUCGCAUUAAUAUUGCUGGACGUUGGUACUAAAGGACAUGGUGGAAUUCCAGCAUACAUUGGUGUAUGCAUAAUCAGUGCCUUUUUUGGGACAUCUGAUGCGCUUGUUCAAGGUGGCUUGGUUGGCGACCUUUCUUUGAUGUGCCCGGAGUUCAUUCAGUCCUUCCUGUCAGGCUUGGCUGCUUCAGGAGUUAUAACAUCAGCUUUGAGACUAAUUACAAAGGCAGCUUUCGAGAACUCACAAAAUGGUCUUCGAAAUGGAGCUAUGCUAUUCUUCUCGGUAACAUGCAUGUUCGAGCUAGCUUGCCUCCUCCUAUACGCAUUUGUCUUUCCCAAAUUACCCAUCGUGAAGUACUACCGCCAAAAGGCAGCCUCUGAAGGGAGCAAGACUGUUGGCAGCGACCUUGCUGCUGCAGGAAUCAAAACUGAUCAAGAUAGGCAGGUUGAGGAGGAUACCCAAAAGCACGAACGUUUAAGCACCAAGGAGCUGCUGAUGCAGAAUAUAGACUAUGCUUUGGAUAUCUUCCUGAUAUAUGUCUUGACUCUAUCAAUCUUCCCUGGAUUUUUAUCCGAAGAUACUGGAUCACAUGGCCUGGGAACAUGGUACGCACUUGUGCUGAUCACGAUGUACAAUGUGUUAGAUCUGAUUGGUAGGUACAUACCACUGAUCAAAUGCCUGAAGCUGACGAACCGGAAGGGCCUGAUGGUCGCCAUCUUGGCGCGCUUCCUGUUCAUCCCUGCGUUCUACUUCACGGCCAAGUAUGGCGACCAAGGGUACAUGAUCUUCCUCACGUCCUUUCUGGGACUGACCAAUGGCUACCUCACCGUGUGCGUCCUCGCUGAAGCGCCAAAUGGGUACAAGGGGCCGGAGCAGAACGCUCUGGGGAACGUGCUCGUGGUGUGCCUCCUCGGCGGCAUAUUCUCCGGCGUCGUGCUCGACUGGAUGUGGCUGAUAGGCAAGGGCUGGUAGUCGAGCACUCUCCGCUGUUUGGUCUGCGCGAUUCGUUCGGUGUCGGGUGGGAAGCGCGCUAAUGCUGGCGAUCUUUCUUGCUCCAUAGGUAGAUAGGUGGUUGCCGAAACAAGGAUGCUGCAGUACAGUGGUGUAUUCCGAGUGGUUGUUCAUCUUCUUUCUCAAAAGAGAUUUUAAAUGUUAAUCUGUUCAUGUUUGUAAAUAACUUUGCUGCGACAUGCGAUGUAUCCUUUCUAGCUCCCCUUUUA